GGGACGAAAAACAGAAUAAAAAGUAGGGGACCUCCACAAAAUUUGAAGUGCAGUUGUGGUGACGAGUACGACCAUCGGCAGGCGGCGCGAAGAUGGGGCACGGGCGAAUCGGGCUUUGUGGCGGCGUCCCUUCCCGAGAAGCGCAGCGCUGUGUGCAUGUGCGAAUAGUGGUAGCUUGCAUCGCCAUCGACGCAUGCCACUUUGCGGGGGUCGUUCUGCACAGUUUUUCGAGGAGAGCGACGACGACCCAAAGGGGGAAGCUUUGCGCAAGUCUACCAUCCUCACGGCAGUGGAGACAUGUCAUUCCGGUGGAAGUGUUGGCGAUGGAGGGCGGCAGAGAGGUAGGGCAUGCGCUGUUGACUUUGCUGGAGAGGACGACCGUGGCGGCAGCUGUGUCUGUCGUUGUCCUCCGUUGUCAGCAGGAGAGGGCGUUGGGACGAAUGAAGGCACAGUUGCGCGCGCGUACGAGAAGGACGCGGAUGCAAGCUGCACAUGACGGCCCCGAAUACGUGGGGACUUCGGAGGCUGUUAUUCAGUUGUGCUACGCGUUGGGUUGCGGCGACAUUCUACGAGCAACGCCGAGGUUGUGGAUGAAAUGCAGGACGAGAGGGACAUGGGAAGAACUUCGACAAUGCGAGAAGCAGCACAACGACAAGGAGCAGCGUGGGGACCACCAGAAGCAGCACAACGACGAGGAGCAGCAGAGGGAGCCUGCGGUACAGGUCGGCCAUGAAUGGCACGACGGACAGGGCAGCAAUGACACACCUGGAGAGCAGCAGAGGGAGCAGCACGGGGACCACCAGAAGCAGCACAGCGACGAGGAGCAGCAGAGGGAGCCUGCGGUACAGGUUGGCCAUGACCGUUGCGGACGUUCCUCGAACGUGGGAGACCGCAUGACGCCAGUAGACCCCACCCGAGGGAGGCCCACCACCAACGGUAACUGUUGGAGGCCGUUGGGGGACUAGGCAGACGUUGGAGGGCGGCGAUGUCUGUAAUAACGCCGUCAGACCACAUC